GUUUUGCUCAGUGUUUUGGGCCUGGCUGCUGUAGGUGUUUGACAUAUGUUUCUUAUGUGUUACUCAACCUCAGUUCAUUAUAAUGUCAGGCGAGAAUUCGUCAGAGCCAAAGCUUUUACACUUAUUCAUUUUUAACGCCAACUUUGGGCAGAAGGAAGGACACGAACAUGAGAAAAUACUAUUUUAUCACCCUAGUUCAACUGACAUAGAUACACAAGUACGGCAUGUGGGCUUGGCUGAGGCUAUUACUAGAUUUUCAAGAACUUUCAAGAAAGAUGGAGACUGUGAAGCAGUACACACACAGAAGACACGGCAAGUGUUCUACCAGCCAGAGUCGGACAUGUGGAUGGUCAUGACUGUUGGCAUAGGAUGGAUCUCUAAAAUGCGUGAGUCAGGGCCAGUACGAGAAUACCAGAGUGAGGGAGUGCAGGAUGUAAUAUUGCGGGCAAGAUUAAUCAGCUUGUACCAUUCCUUCACUCUGCAGCAUGCCUCCUUUGCUAGUGUUCUCACAUCAGCAGGACUUCAGGGUCUCAGAUCAACACUCAACACUUUUGUAAAUUCGUAUGUAUCAUCAGUGGAUAUGAGCAGUGGAGACAUCCUGGCAGUGUGGUCGGGUGUGUCAUUCCUACCACUUGACAGACAAACAUUCCUGAGGAUUCAUUGCUGCCUCUCUCUUCUUCAAUCAUCCUUUCCAAAUAUCAGCCACACAGCAUUCUUCUACAAUCAUCAUGUUGUCUGGUGUGGCUUGAGCUUGGAGGACCUUCGAUCUCUUUCCCGGUACCUGAAUGAUCAGCUGCUUCCAGGCCGCUUAGAAACCAGUUUUCAGAGUUCUUCAUCUGCACCGACCAGUUAUCUCUCCAGGUUUGUGGGUAUAGGAGUAACACCAAGUAUCCACAUAUAUGCCUGCAGUGAGGAUGGAGACCUACAGUCAUAUAAUCUACUAGUCUACACUUUAGCUGGAGCUACUGUUUGUCUCACUCUCCCAGAGAGAGAAGCACUAACACCGUCUUUAUAUGAAAAAAUCGAUCGACUGUUAGAGGCCAAAGUAUCGCAAUUAGCCAGUGACAUAGGAGAACAAAUCAACAAGAAAAGCAGUUCUGGCACCAGCUCUGACAGUGGGAGCAGCUCAUUUAGAUAUGUCUAUCAUAACCACAUGAACCUCGCCACCAAGACUACUGUGCAUGGAACAAAUCAAUCGUUGCCAGCUGAAGUAAUGAAGACAAUAGGGGACAUGCACAUAGACAUGAAAAAGUGCAGUAGUGGAGAGUUAGUAGUGAAAACUUCACAAGAUCACUGGGUUGUGGGGCGUAGUGGAGAUGGUAGAGAAUUUUAUGUUGUUGUUAGCCACAAGAAUGCCAACCUGGUGGAAGUAACAGAUGAAGUCAAUCGGAUGUGUGCCAGCCAUUUCAGCAACAUCUUUAUGAUCGAGUAAUACUGGUAGUGGAUAGUUUUAAGUGCAUUCUUUUGACUUCUGAUCACUUUGAUCUUCAGGUAUUUUGACACUAGGUGAUAUUGAUCAUAUGUACAGAUUGAGUCGGAGUCCAUGUGAUUGCCAAAGCUUAUGAUUAUUAUAGAGUAAUGAUGUAUUAGCAUAUCUUCAACCCUUUUGUAUAUAUAUUUAAGAAUUUUAUAAAAAAAUUAAAUACCCCAUACUGUACUUUGUGGCCAUUUCUGGAGUAAUGGGAAAAGGUAAUUAAUAAGUCAGUGAUGACUUCCCAUGUAAAAUAGAAAGCACAAUAAAGUAGUUGCAAGGAAUGAACAAGAGCUAGUUACCCUUUGGGAUUAUUAGUGUUGUAAAAUUUAUGAUAAUUUAGCUGUUAUUUGAUAUGUCUGGAUCUACAUAUGAUUACCAUAUUUAAUUUUCUUUCAAUGUUUAUGGUUUAAAAAUUAGUCAGAUCUGAGGUUUUAUAAACUUCAAUAAUAUAUUGAAAAGAAGUGUGAACAGUACACCACAUAGAAAAUUCUCUAAUGAAAUGUAGUACUUGUUAAUAUUAAGGUAAGUAUAAAAUAAAAAUAUUGGCUCUGACACACAACAUUUUAAGCAGUUUAGGCUCAUUACAUCACAGGUAUAAAAUACUGACAAAUUGAAUAACAUGUGCAACACCUGGGUAUCUGUAUUAGUGAAAUGUUUUGUGUGCAGAUUAUUAUUAUUAUUACAAUCAAGGGGGAAGCGCUAAACCCGGAGGAUUAUACAGCGCCUGGGGGGGGGGGGGAUGUGGAAGGCAUUUGUGUGCAGAGCAGGCUUUAUUGAUCAGGUACCAGGUACUUGGUAUGUUAGCCUUGAUUAACCCUUUUACUGUCUUCUGUGUAGAUCUAACAGAGGAUAACUUUAGUUGCUGGAAUGCAUAGUUUACUUUGCAUUCAGUUUUUAAAUUUUAAUCUUGUGUAAAAUUGGCCAACUUAGACUUUUGUGUACUUCAUAGGGUAGCUCUAAUAGUUAAAGGGCAGUUUCUUGUGCUCAGUCGAUAGAAUGGAAGGCAUGUCAAAAUUGCUAAGAAUGGGAUGGAAUUAGCUUCUAUCAAAUUAAGUAUUUUUGGUGUCAUUAUUUCAUGUUUUUUUGUUUUUAAAUCUUGAUAUUGGAGUGACAUCUGAACUGUCAUAUCUGGGCACCUCUGUGAAUGAUGGUGCAAGUGUUUCUUUUUUGGGCCACCUGCCUCUUUGGGAGAUGACUGAUAUGUUGAAAAAGAAAAAAUUAUCAGUCUUUAGUUUCAGGGGUCCCAUCAGUGAAAAGUUAAAAUAUUCUCUGAAAGGUGUCCAUUAUUAUUAUCAAAAAGAAACGCUAAACCCACUAAGGUCGUGCAGCACUUAUGAAAGGUGUCCAGUCCCUUAGCCUUGGUCUACCUCCAAAACAGAGGCAUAAGAGAGAUACAUCCAUAAGGAGAGCUAGAGGUUAGUAAUAGAAUUGUAGGGGAUUAAGUGUGAUGCAGCCAUUGGAGACCUGGUCACUGGUCAAAGCAGGUGUUCAUAAACUAGGGUAGAUGUUAGCAAUAGAUAUGAAGAUAUCUUCUAUACCAAGAUUCCAUAAUGGUUUCUUGUCACACAAGUAUCAUUGCAUAAAAGGUAGUAAUUAUAAUCAUGGGGGAAUGCUAAACAAAAGGUAGUAAUAUCAUUAACUUAACAAGACAUGUGUAGCAGCUGGGUAUCCUUAUUGGCAAGAUGUUUCACCUCCACACUAAUAUCAACCAUUUGAUUGAUAAAGCACGGUGUGCAGGCAAAACAUCUUGCCAGUAGAUACCCAAGUGUUGCACAUGGUUUCAUCACUUUAUGGGUAUUGAUAACACUAUGGAAUGUUGAUGUGGAUAUCUUUAAUGCUAUUGCCAACUCCUGGCCCUCCUGAGAAUGACCUACCGCUGCUAGUGGGUCCUGUCCAGGUGUGAUCAUCUCUUCAAUUGCUGCAUCUUUCUCUUAAAUCUCCACUCUAGUCUGGCUCACCUUAAGAGCAUGAUCUGCUUUCUAUUUAUAUUAUUAUUAUAAUCAAGGGGGAAGCGCUAAACCCGUAGGAUUAUACAGCUUUCUAUUUAUAGGUCCCUCCUACAAGUGACAAUGUCUUUAACUGCUACACCUCCCUUUGGGCCCAGUAUGCAUUUCCAUCCUCAUGCCUCUGUAUUAGAAGUAGGCUAUGGGACUGAACAUCUUUCAUAGUGUUGUAAUGUUAAUCAAAACAUAUCCACAGACCAAAAUCCCCCACUCGUGCUGGUAUGACUAGUACUGUUUCAUUGCUCCAAUACUUUCAUUUCGCUGGGGAAAGUACUGGAUUUUUUUUAUAAAGAAAAAUGUCUUGCCAAUGAAUAUAACCAGGAGUUGCACAUGUUAUCAAUUUAAAAUUGGUAUGUAGAUAUAAAAUGUGAAGAAAAUAUUCCAUUCAUAUUAAUGUAACUGAUUAGGCAUUCUGAAGGGCAGGUUAAAGUUACAUUUAUUACUUGACAACAGUGCAAGCCCUUCAGGAAACUUGCAUUGUGAUACUGUGGGGGGUCUUGAUCCAGUGAACUGUACGUAUCCUCUCCUUGGGUCGAUGCUGAAUGCCUCAUUUCCCAGGUGCAAUACAGCCUCUACAGGCUUAGUGCUUCCCGUUAAAUUUGCAGUAUGAUCAGGUUAAACACAUCUUAAAAAUAGCUAAAUGUACAACUGCACUUUACGGUUAAAUAUUUAUUUUCUGUUUUCACGUUUUCGAAGUUCUAGAAUUCCAUACAGGGUGAAUUGAUGUUACACAUGUAAAUUAUAUAUGCUAUACCUCAAGAACUUCAUAUGUGAAGUGUAUAUAAUUAAUAUAGUUUCAGACAAGCUAUGUGUAUACUGUAAUAUAAAUAGUAUGUGCAACAGGCUAAUAUUUUAUAAAUCUGAGAUUUUGCAAGUUUAAUGUUAUACAUAAUUUAUAAAUACACAUUUAAAUUUG